AUGUCCUGUGUGCAUUAUAAAUUUUCUUCUAAACUCAACUAUGAUACCGUCACCUUUGAUGGGCUCCACAUCUCCCUCUGCGACUUAAAGAAGCAGAUUAUGGGGAGAGAGAAGCUGAAAGCUGCCGACUGCGACCUGCAGAUCACCAACGCACAGACGAAAGAAGAAUAUACUGAUGAUAAUGCUCUAAUUCCUAAAAAUUCAUCUGUAAUUGUUAGAAGAAUUCCUAUUGGAGGUGUUAAAUCUACAAGCAAGACAUAUGUUAUAAGUCGAACUGAACCAGUGAUGGGAACUUCAAAAGCAAUUGAUGACUCUUCUGCGUCUAUUUCUCUGGCCCAGCUUACAAAGACUGCCAAUCUGGCUGAAGCCAAUGCUUCUGAAGAAGAUAAAAUUAAAGCAAUGAUGUCGCAAUCUGGCCAUGAAUACGACCCGAUCAAUUACAUGAAGAAACCUUUAGGUCCACCACCUCCAUCUUAUACUUGUUUCCGUUGUGGUAAACCUGGCCAUUAUAUUAAGAAUUGCCCAACAAAUGGGGAUAAGAACUUUGAAUCUGGUCCUAGGAUUAAAAAGAGCACUGGAAUUCCCAGAAGUUUUAUGAUGGAAGUGAAAGAUCCUAACAUGAAAGGUGCAAUGCUUACCAACACUGGAAAAUAUGCCAUACCAACUAUAGAUGCAGAGGCAUAUGCAAUUGGGAAGAAAGAAAAACCACCUUUUUUGCCAGAAGAACCAUCAUCAUCUUCAGAAGAAGAUGAUCCUAUCCCAGAUGAGUUGUUGUGUCUCAUCUGCAAAGAUAUUAUGACUGAUGCUGUUGUCAUUCCCUGCUGUGGAAACAGUUACUGUGAUGAAUGUAUAAGGACAGCACUCUUGGAAUCAGAUGAACAUACAUGUCCAACAUGUCAUCAGAAUGACGUCUCUCCUGACGCUUUAAUUGCCAAUAAGUUCUUACGACAGGCUGUUAAUAACUUCAAAAAUGAAACUGGUUAUACGAAAAGACUAAGAAAACAGUUACCCCCACCCCCUCCCCCAAUACCACCUCCAAGACCACUCAUCCAGCGGAACCUACAGCCUCUGAUGAGAUCUCCAAUAUCAAGACAGCAAGAUCCUCUGAUGAUUCCAGUGACAUCUUCAUCAACUCACCCGGCUCCAUCUAUGUCUUCACUAACCUCUAAUCAGUCUUCUUUGGCCCCUCCUGUCCCUGGAAAUCCAUCUUCUGCCCCAGCCCCCGUACCUGAUAUAACUGCAACAGUCUCCAUAUCAGUCCACUCAGAAAAAUCAGAUGGACCUUUUCGGGAUUCAGAUAAUAAAAUACUGCCAGCUGCAGCACUUGCAUCAGAACAUUCAAAGGGAGCUUCUUCAAUUGCAAUUACUGCUCUUAUGGAAGAGAAGGGUUACCAGGUGCCUGUACUUGGAACCCCCUCUUUGCUUGGACAGUCAUUAUUGCAUGGACAAUUGAUCCCCACAACUGGUCCAGUAAGAAUAAAUGCUGCUCGUCCAGGUGGUGGUCGACCAGGUUGGGAACAUUCCAACAAACUUGGAUACUUGGUUUCUCCACCACAGCAAAUUAGAAGAGGAGAGAGAAGCUGCUACAGAAGUAUAAACCGUGGACGACACCACAGCGAAAGAUCACAGAGAACUCAAGGCCCGUCACUGCCAGCGACUCCAGUGUUUGUUCCUGUCCCACCCCCUCCCUUGUAUCCGCCUCCUCCCCACACACUUCCUCUCCCAGGUGUUCCUCCACCACAGUUCUCUCCUCAGUUUCCUCCUGGCCAGCCACCACCUGCUGGGUAUAGUGUUCCCCCUCCAGGGUUUCCUCCAGCUCCAACCAAUUUAUCCGCACCUUGGGUGUCAUCUGGAGUACAGACUGCUCAUUCUAAUACCAUCCCAACAACACAAGCACCACCUUUGUCCAGGGAAGAAUUCUAUAGAGAGCAACGACGACUAAAAGAAGAGGAAAAGAAAAAGUCCAAGCUAGAUGAGUUUACAAAUGAUUUUGCUAAGGAAUUGAUGGAAUACAAAAAGAUUCAAAAGGAGCGUAGGCGCUCAUUUUCCAGGUCCAAGUCUCCCUAUAGUGGUUCAUCCUAUUCAAGAAGUUCAUAUACUUAUUCUAAAUCAAGAUCUGGUUCAACACGGUCACGUUCUUAUUCUCGAUCAUUUAGCCGCUCACAUUCUCGUUCCUAUUCACGAUCACCUCCGUACCCCAGAAGAGGACGAGGAAAGAGUCGAAAUUACCGUUCACGGUCUAGAUCGCACGGGUAUCAUCGAUCUAGGUCAAGGUCACCUCCAUAUAGACGGUAUCACUCACGAUCAAGAUCUCCUCAAGCAUUUAGGGGACAGUCUCCUAAUAAACGUAAUGUACCUCAAGGAGAAACAGAGCGUGAAUAUUUUAACAGAUUCAGAGAAGUUCCACCACCUUAUGACAUGAAAGCUUAUUAUGGGAGGAGUGUUGACUUUAGAGACCCAUUUGAGAAAGAACGUUAUCGAGAAUGGGAGAGAAAAUAUCGAGAGUGGUAUGAAAAAUAUUACAAAGGCUUUGCUACUGGAGCACAGCCUAGACCAUCAGCAAAUAGAGAGAACUUUUCUCCAGAAAGAUUUUUACCACUUAACCUUAGGAAUUCUCCCUUCACAAGAGGCCGCAGAGAGGAUUACUCUGGUGGACAGAGUCAUAGAAGUCGAAAUGUAGGUGGCAACUAUCCAGAAAAGCUUUCAUCGAGAGACAGUCACAAUCAGAAGGAUAAUACAAAGUCAAAAGACAAGGAAGGUGAAAAUGCUCCAGGAGAUGGUAAAGGAAAUAAACAUAAGAAACAUCGAAAAAGAAGAAAGGGGGAAGAAAGUGAAGGCUUUCUGAACCCAGAGUUAUUAGACACUUCUAGGAAAUCAAGAGAGCCUACAAGUGGUGAGGAAAAUAAAACAGACUCAUUGUUUGUUCUCCCAAGUAGAGAUGAUGCUACACCUGUUAGAGACGAACCAAUGGAUGCUGAAUCCAUUACUUUUAAAUCAGUGUCUGAAAAAGACAAGAGAGAAAAAGAUAAACCUAAAGCAAAAGGUGACAAGACCAAACGGAAAAAUGAUGGAUCUACUGUAUCCAAAAAAGAAACUGUUGUAAAACCUGCUAAAGGACCCCAAGAAAAACUAGAUGGAGAGCGUGAAAAAUCUCCUCGAUCUGAACCUCCACUUAAAAAAGCCAAAGAGGAGACCCCGAAGACUGACAAUGUGAAAUCAUCGUCUUCCUCUCAAAAAGAUGAAAAGACGGUUGGUACCCCCAGAAAAGCUCACUCAAAGUCAGUAAAGGAGCACCAGGAGACAAAACCAGUCAAAGAGGAAAAAGUGAAGAAGGACUACUCCAAAGACAUCAAGUCAGAGAAGGUAACUAGUAAGGAAGAAAAGGCCAGGAAGCCUAAUGAGAAAAGUAAACCACUUGAUAGCAAGGGAGAAAAAAGGAAGAGAAAAACUGAAGAAAAAAGUGUAGAUAAAGAUUUUGAGUCAUCUUCAAUGAAAAUCUCUAAAUUAGAAGUAACUGAAAUAGUGAAACCAUCACCCAAGCGCAAAAUGGAGCUUGAUAUUGAAAAGAUGGAUAGGACACCUGAAAAAGACAAAAUUUCAUCAUCAGCUGCUCCAGCCAAAAAAAUCAAGCUUAACAGAGAAACGGGUAAAAAAAUUGGAAGUACAGAAAAUGUAUCUAACACAAAAGAACCCUCUGAAAAAUUGGAAUCAACAUCCAGCAAAGUGAAACAAGAAAAAGUCAAAGGAAAGGUCAGGCGGAAAGUGACUGGAACUGAAGGAUCCAGCUCAACACUUGUGGAUUAUACCAGUACCAGUUCGACUGGAGGCAGUCCUGUGCGGAAAUCUGAAGAAAAAACAGAUACAAAGCGAACUGUCAUUAAAACAAUGGAAGAAUAUAAUAAUGACAACACAGCUCCUGCUGAAGAUGUUAUUAUUAUGAUCCAGGUUCCCCAAUCCAAAUGGGAUAAAGAUGACUUUGAAUCUGAAGAAGAAGAUGUUAAAUCCACCUCACAGCCUAUAUCAAGUGUAGGAAAACCUGCCAGUAUUAUAAAAAAUGUUAGCACUAAACCACCAAAUGCAAUCAAGUAUACUGAAAAAGAAAGUGAAUCAUCAGAGAAAAUUCAGAAACUCGCCAAGGAAGUGAGCCAUGAAAUUGCACAGCAUGAGGUCAAAAGUUCAAAAAACUCUGCGUCUAGUGAAAAAGGGAAAACCAAAGAUCGAGAUCACUCAGUACUGGAAAAGGAAAACCCAGAAAAGAGAAAGAACAGCAGCACUCAGCCAGAGAAAGAUAGUAAUCUGGGCCGUCUGAGUGAGCAAGGAGAUUUUAAAGGUCUGCCUCAGUCUUCCAAAGAGACUAGAACUUCUGGGAAAGAAGAUAAGCAUGAUUCCAUUCGAGGGUCCUCAAAUAAAGACUUCACUCCCAACAGAGACAAAAAAGCUGAUUAUGACAACAGAGAGUAUUCAAGUUCCAAACGUAGAGAUGAAAGGAAUGAAUUAACAAGAAGAAAAGACUCUCCUCCUCGGAGUAAAGACUCUGCAUCUGGACAAAAAACUAAGCCAAGGGAGGAGAGAGAGUUGCCUAAAAAAGGAACAGGAGAUUCCAAAAAAAGUAAUUCUAGUCCCACGAGAGACAAAAAACCUCAUGAUCAUAAAGCCACUUAUGAUACUAAACGCUUAAGUGAAGAGACAAAAUCUGUAGAUAAAAAUCCCUGUAAAGAUCGUGAGAAACAUAUGUUAGAGGCAAAGAACAAUAAAGAGUCAAGUGGCAAUAAAUCACUUAGUAUACUUAACCCACCUGAGGCACAGAUUGAGAAAGAGCAAGUUACUGGGCAAAUUGAUAAGAACACCAUCAAGCCUAAGCCCCAGUUAAGUCACUCCUCUCGACUGUCCUCUGACUUAACUAGAGAAACUGAUGAAGCUGCUUUUGAACCAGACUAUAAUGAAAGUGAUAGUGAAAGCAAUGUGUCUAUAAAAGAGGAAGAAACUGCAGGAAAGGUUUCUAAGGAACUGAAAGAUAAAGUAGUGGAGAAAGCAAAGGAGAGCCUGGACACGGCAGCAGUCAGCCAGGCAGGCGUCACCAGGAGCCAGAGUCAGAGCAGCCCGAGUGUCAGUCCAAGCAGAAGUCACAGCCCUUCUGGAAGCCAAACCCGGAGCCACAGCAGCAGUGCCAGCUCUGCAGAAAGUCAGGACAGCAAGAAGAAGAAGAAAAAGAAGGAAAAGAAAAAGCACAAGAAACAUAAAAAGCAUAAGAAGCAUAAGAAGCAUGCAGGCACUGAAGCAGAAUUGGAAAAAAGCCAAAAACACAAACAUAAGAAAAAGAAGUCAAAGAAGAGCAAAGAUAAAGAAAAGGAGAAGGAGAAGGAUGACCAAAAAGUGAAAUCUGUCACUGUGUAGAAGGGCAGAUUUUUAAAAAUUGACUUAAUUCCUAAGUCAUCUGUAUUAAAUUUUGUUAUAAUGUAAAGAGAUUCAAGCCUUGUAAAUAAUGAUACGGAAGACCCUGUGCUGCACUUAAAAUAUUGCUGCUUGAUUUGAUUUUUACAUCAGAGCUUUAUAACACGAACUUUUGUACAGAAUUGUGAGUUGUGACCAUGUAACAUGAGAGGUUUUGCUAGGGCCUAUUAUUUUUAACCACCAUUAAUUAGUUGGGGUGGAGUUUACUGUACUGUGAAAUUUUCACAUUUGAAUUUUUUUAAUUGCCUGGCAAAAGCUGAUAUCAGUUCUAAAAUAUCAGCAGAAUGAUUUGCUGAAUUCAUUACAACCCUGUUAUGUCACUUUUUGAUUACAAUAAAAGUUUUCAGUAAACUUUUCAAA